GGAGAGGUGGUAAACCGCGUUUCUUCUUCGUCCCCAGAAGAGGCAUCGAUUGCGGGAAAAUGGUGCUCGUGGCUUCGAAGCUAGGGUUCCAAAUCCUCUCAUUCUCCCCCAAUCCAUCGCCAUUCAUUCGCCCCAAAUCCAUUAAACCGUAUCCGAGAUCCAACCGAAAGAGUCCUCCAUCGAUUUCAUCGUCUGUCGUGGAGCAGCAGGACAUCUCCUUCACUGAUUCAGAGUCCUGCCUCAUCGAGGCACUUCUCGGCGUCCAGGGCAGAGGCAGGGCGGCGACUCCCCAACAGCUUAAGGAUGUUGAGGAUGCUGUUCAAGCCCUGGAGGCCAUGAAAGGCGUGCUUGAUCCUACAAGCACUGGUUUGAUUGAAGGUCGUUGGCAACUUAUUUUUACUACAAGACCAGGAACAGCAUCACCAAUUCAAAGAACCUUUGUUGGAGUUGACUUCUUCAAAAUCUUUCAAGAGGUCUACCUGAGAACAGAUGAUCCAAGAGUAUCCAAUGUUGUAAUAUUCUCUGAUGCAAUAGGCGAACUGAAAGUUGAGGCAGAAGCAAAAAUCGAAGAUGGAAAACGGAUUCUCUUCAAGUUUGACAGAGCUGCCUUCUCCUUCAAAUUCUUACCUUUCAAGGUUCCAUAUCCCGUGCCAUUUAAACUUCUUGGCGAUGAAGCCAAAGGAUGGCUGGACACAACAUAUCUUUCUCAAAAUGGAAAUAUACGUAUUUCAAGAGGGAGUAAGGGAACAACAUUUGUGCUGCAAAAAAAGAUUGAACCAAGGCAAAAGCUACUGUCUGCAAUAUCUGUUGGGACAGGAAUAAGAGAGGCAAUAGAUGAACUUGUCUCCCUGAAUUGGAACAAAGUUGAUCAAGAAUCUGAAACUCUAGAAGGGGAAUGGCAAUUACUAUGGGCUUCACAGUUGGAAGAUGAAAGCUGGUCAUCCAUUGUUGCUAAUGGUCUUAAAGGUUUUCAGAUUGUGAAGAAUGGUGGACAAUUGGAGAAUCAGGUUGAUGUUUUCCCAAGUGUCAAGUUACAAGCAAUGGGAAAUCUCAUAAAAGAACCAGAAAACAAUUCAUACAGUGGGAUAAUACAUAAUGGAGCUAUUUCAGUAGGCUCAUUGAAGUUUCCACUGAAUAUACACAAUAAGUUCAACAUUGACCUGCUUUAUAUUGAUGAGAAGAUCAGAAUAACUCGAGGAAGCAAUGAGAUUUUGUUUGUCCACUUGAGGCUGACAAAGAAUUAGGAAGAAACUCAGUGUACUAGCAACCAUGGUGAUACUGCAUGCUGUAUGUAACAUAUAUAUAUAUAUAUUAUAUAUAUAUAUUUUUUAUUUGAAGAACAAUGAGGCUCUUCUAUGAUGGAAUUUGUUCAAAAGAGUACUUGAUAAAGAACAUACGCCAACUGGAAAUGUAUUACAUACGUAGAAAUAAUAAGG